CUUCGCGCACCUAUUGUAAGGCGUCAGUUGACGGGGCGGUGAGGAGCCGCGAGUAUCCAGGCGGGAAUUGUGUUGUCAUUUUAACACCGACGGUGGAAUAAGAAAACGAAACGUCAAAGUGCUUGGUGUGGAUGAGUGUCAUCACAAGAUCACAAGGAAUAAAGGCCUAUUAAACAGCUGAAGACAUUGAUGGUUGUAUUACACUAGAAAAGAGGGCUGAGCUGCUGAGGAACAUCUUCAAAUAUAUCUUAGUUCCAAAUCAUAGGCUUUGAAACAUGAGUAACCAAAGUUUUGGCGCGUUGCCACAAUCUAGUUUAUCAGGUCUGAUUGAUCCAACUAGUUCUGCUUCGGACAGAAAACUUAGUAAAUUUCGCAGGAGUACUGUUGGAAUGUUAGCCAUGCAGGAAACAAUAAAGGAAAAACAGGCAAGGUAUAGAGAAUCGAGAGAGAGCAGAAAAUUGAGCAUUGACGCGAUACAUCAAUAUAUUUUUGAAGUGUUGUCAAAUAAACUGGAAAUGAAUCUUCACAAUGUGGAAGAAUUUGUUUUGGAUGCUCUAUCUUUCAAACCUUUUGAGGAUUUCGUUUCCAAAGGAGGUACCAAAGCACUAACUUUCUUUUACCAAGAAGCAGAACCACCAUCAGUAGAGAGUGGCCGAACAAUUUCUGGUAUUACUAAAGGGGCCAAAAUUCCAAGACUAUUUUUGACCAAUUUAUUAGAAACCAGUCUGGAGGGUAUGUGCUUGUUCUUCGUCCGAUACAGAAAUGACGUGGCUAUUACAAUAAGAAAUGUUCAUGAGGAAGCACUCUUCUGUAUCAUAGAUGCUAAUGAGGGAAUAUUGACUGGCACUGAAAAUUUGUUGGAGAAGAUUUUCUUACCAGCUAUUUCUAUUUCGGAAAACUGGGGAGCACUUAAUCGAUCUGUACAUGGGGAAAAGGAGAAGAAGGACUUCAAAGAUUCCAUUAGCAGAUAUAUCUCCUUCUUACACAGUGCGAAUUCAAGUCUUCACAAGGCUGUAUUGCUUACACAAACAAAAGACAUUGAUCUUUCCAAGCUACGGUCUUUUGAACAAGUAACGGCUGCGUCAUCUAACCCUGAAACAAUUCUUCAGCUUGAGAAUGUACUUAUGGUCUGGUACAAACAACUAGAACAGGUACUGGCACAGAGUGAUCAGGUGAGAAAGGAGGCAGAAAAUUCAGGUCCACUUACUGAACUUGAACAUUGGAAGUGCAUGUCUGCUAGAUUCAACUCUAUCAUAGAACAGCUGAAAGGAUCAAGCUGCAAAUCAGUGUUGAAUGUGCUAUCUUCAAACCACUCCAAAAUAUUAAAGAUGUGGCGGGAGUUGGAUGGUCGAAUCACUGAUGCAGCCAAUGAAGCAAAGGACAAUGUGAAGUUCCUACAGGCACUGGAGAAAGUCUGUCAGCCACUUUAUAAUUCUGAUCCAGUAACAAUGACAAAAGGAGUUCCAAAUUUGAUAAAUGCAAUUCAGAUGAUCCACAAUGUUUCACGAUAUUACAACACCUCAGAGCAGAUGACAUCCCUCUUUAUUAAGGUCACAAACCAAAUGGUUACAGCAUGCAAGGCGUACAUCACUGAUAACGGCAACACCCGUGUAUGGGACCAAGAUUCUGAAAUUGCUAUCAAAAAGAUGCAGGAAUGUAUAAAUUUGUUGGGGGAGUAUCGCAAAUAUUUCCAGAACACAAAGAAACUGUCAGUUGAGACAGUGAGAGAUCAUCCAUUUGAUGUAUCAGAAAUGUACAUUUUUGGUAAACUUGAAGUUUUCUGCAAGAGACUGGGAAAGAUUUCAGAAAUGGUUAAAAUAGUGAAUACAUUUUCUGCAUUGAAGAAUUCCACAAUUGAAGGAAUAGAGAUGCUGGCAUUCAGGUUUCAGAAUAUCUAUACAAAUCUAAAAAAGAAGAAUUAUGACAUGCUUGAUCCACGGAAGAAAGAAUUCAAUACAGAUUACGCUGAAUUUACAAAACAAGUCUAUGACUUAGAGAACAUGCUUGAUGACUUCAUGAAUAAUCGUUUUGUUAAAAUUAUUUCUUCACAACAUGCUUUGCAACUAUUGAAGAGAUUCCAGCAUUUGAAUAUUUCAUCCCUUCAGUCAGAAAUUGAAUCUACAAUUGAAAAGAUUCUUCAGAACUAUGUGAAGGAGUUAGUAGCCACUAAAAAGCUUUAUCAAGCCUAUAAAGAGGAUCCACCACUUGCCAGAGACAUGCCUCCUAUAGCUGGAAAGAUACUGUGGGUGAGGCAGCUGUUUAGACGUAUACAUGAACCCAUCGACUAUUUCCAUAAAAACUCUGAAAUCUUAAAAAGCCCUCAAGGCAAGGUUAUUGUGAACCUAUACAACAAGAUUGCCUAUGUCCUGGUAAAGUUUGAAGUACUGUAUUACAAAGCCUGGAUAAAGGAGAUUUCAGGCAUGCGAUAUAUACUGCAAUCAACUCUCUUGAUACGUGAUCCAGACACUGAGAAAUUGCAUGUGAACUUUGACCAUAAAAUUAUUGAAGCUAUUCGAGAGGCAAAAUGCAUUCUGAAAAUGGAUCUAGAGGUGCCGGAAGUGGCCAAACGCUUGCUGAGGGUUGAGCAUGCGUUGAAAUCUACCCGUCAUUGUUUGGAGACUGCUCUUCAGAAAUUUGAGUCUACUUGUCAAAAAAUUCCUUCUGAGUUUCUGGAUCUGCUAUCACCUAAAGUUAAAAAGGUUGAGACAGUUAUGAAGCAAGGUCUGACUUUGCUGAAUUGGUCAUCUUUAGGAAUAGAAGGCUACUUCAAAGAGGUGGACAUAUCUUUGAAUGACCUGACUAUCGUAUUAACGACAAUAUCUGAUCUGCAUGAUAUGCAUAUAGAUAAAGUAUUGCAAGAAAUAGCCAAAAAGAUCAUAAUCCAGUUGCCAGAGGAUGGUUCUUGGACUGUAGACUACAUUAUAAACUUCAAUGAGACCUGCUGCAAGGAAUGGGCAGACAUUUUAGCUCCAAAAACCAGAUAUGUUGAAACAAUUGUGGACAAACUGGCAGAUAUAUUUGCAGAAAUCUCUGAAGCAACCACAUAUAAAAGAGACAAAGGAGCUGAUGGUGAGGCCAUUGAACGUAGGCGGGUAGCAUUUACAGGAGAUUCUGAAGGAAGUUCUAUGAAGCUUGCCACCCCAGCUCCUAACAAAGAGGACAUUCAGCAAUCAAAGAAGGAUGAGGAGUUUGAAAAGGAGAUUAAGGAACUUUAUGGAUAUUUUAGUUAUUACAUGCUGGAUUCUUUGGUGAAAUCUACUCAGCUGUCAUUCGAUCUUCUUAAAAGAAGAAUCUUUAACACAUCAGGCAGAAGACUGUUUAGCCAGUCAAAUGAAGAAUUUGCACCCUUUUUAAAAGCUGAAGUUCACUUGGUAAUUCCAAAUGUGGUCAUGGUACCAAGUCUGGAUGAUAUCCAGCAUAUUAUUAACCGCUUAAUUCAAAUGGUACUGGAGGUGAGUCGUAAUGUAACACAGUGGAGGCAGAUGAAAGGCCAUCCCAAUUCUAUUGAAGAAGAAGAGACUUCGGGAAACCAAAAAGAAGAAAAAGCAGAAUUUAAAAAGAAACUGAAGAAUUUUUAUCACAACGUGGCUGAACACAAAGAUGUAACCAAAUUAGUAGCAGUUCUCUCAUCUUCAGUGAACACAAUACGGAGUACUGUCAAUAGUGCACUGGAGACCUUUCAAAAAUUUAAGGUUCUGUGGUCAGAAGACCGAGAGAGUACAGUCAAGCAAUUUAUGGCUAAACAUCCCAGCUUGUAUGAACUCCGAGCAGAAAUUCAGCAUUAUGCAGCUUUUGAAGCAGAUAUUGAAGCACUGAGCCCCACCAUAGUUGUAGAUUUUAUUGAACUAAGUACAGCACCCAUGAAAAUGGCUCUUGCAGUAGAGGCUAAAGCUUGGAAGUUGUUGCUGUGUCGUUACCUGAAUGAAGAGUACAAGGCAAAACUGGCAGAGAUUACGGCAUUUGAAAAAGAACAAUUGAAAAACUUGUCUCGACCGAUUCGUGAUCUGGAUGAUGUGAGGUUUGCCAUGGAAUCGUUAUCUGAAAUACGUAAAAAUGAGAUUUACAUGGAUAUGACUUUGGGACCCAUUGAGGAAGCAUAUAGUAUUCUGAGCAAGUAUGAUGUGGAGGUUGAGAAAGAGGAAGCAGAAGGUGUUGACACACUAAGAUAUUUCUUCAACAAAAUGCAAGUGAAAGCUAGAAAUGCCCAGGAUGAAUUGGUGAAAGUCCAACCUAAAUUUAAAGCCAAUUUGCUGCAUUCAGUGACUUUUUUUCAGAAAGAGGUGUCAAAAUAUGGAAAGCAAUAUGAAAAGGAAGGUCCUAUGGUACCAGGGAUUGCACCUGUGGAAGCUAGCACAAGGUUGCAGAUCUUCCAAAGUUGGUUUGAUGAGCUGUGGAGGAAGUUCGUUACUUAUUCUUCAGGGGAAGCAUUAUUUGGACUGCCAGUCCAAGAUUAUGAAAUAUUACAAAAAAAUAGGAAGGAACUGGGGCUGCUGCAGAAGUUAUAUGGUCUGUAUGAUUCAGUAAUGAGUAGUAUUAAUGGUUAUUAUGACCUGCUGUGGAGUGAUGUAGACAUUGAAAAGAUUAACGCUGAGCUGUUGGAGUUUCAGAACAGGUGCCGUAGAUUGCCCAAAGGCUUGAAGGACUGGCAAGCAUUUCUAGAUCUAAAGAAGAAAAUAGAUGAUUUCAAUGAGUCGUGUCCUCUGUUGGAAAUGAUGUCCAGCAAGUCAAUACAGCCGAGACAUUGGGAACGGAUAUCUACAGUAACAGGCUACUCAUUUAAUGUGGAUUCAGAAACAUUCUCUUUAAAAAAUGUCAUGGGUGCACCACUUCUUCAAUUCAAGGAGGAUAUUGAGGAUAUUUGUAUCUCUUCCGUGAAAGAAAAGGAUAUUGAGGCAAAACUGUCUCAGGUGAUGCAGACCUGGGUCAGUCAGACCCUUAGUUUUUCGGCAUUUAAAAAUCGAGGCGAGUUGCUCCUAAAAGGAUUGGAUACGGCAGAAAUUAUAUCGAUGAUGGAAGAUAGUUUAAUGGUCCUGAGCUCUUUACUCAGCAAUAGAUAUAAUGCUCACUAUAAGAAGGAUAUUCAGACUUGGGUGCAUAAUCUAACAACAUCCACAACUGUCAUAGAGCAGUGGCUUUUGGUACAAAAUUUGUGGAUUUAUCUGGAGGCUGUCUUUGUUGGAGGUGAUAUUGCCAAACAGCUGCCACAGGAAGCUAAACGUUUUCAAAAUGUUGACAAGUCUUGGGUAAAAAUUAUGCAGCGAGCUCAUGAAAUUCCUGUUGUCGUCCAAUGCUGUGUGGGAGAUGAUAUUAUGGGGCAACUUUUACCACAUUUGCAAGAACAGCUUGAGGUCUGCCAGAAAUCUCUCACAGGAUAUUUGGAAAAGAAAAGGUUGCUGUUUCCAAGAUUCUUCUUUGUCUCCGAUCCAGCUUUGCUUGAAAUCCUUGGACAAGCAAGUGAUUCACACACCAUCCAGGCCCAUUUAGUGGGAGUGUUUGACAACGUAUUUGAAGUGUCAUUCCAUGCAAAGGAUUAUGAUCGAAUUUUAUCUGUUAUUUCUAGGGAAGGAGAAGAAAUUGACCUGACUACUGCCGUGAUUGCAAAGGGCCCUGUGGAACUAUGGUUAAGUGACCUUUUGCGACUGCAACAGCACUCAUUACACAUCGUAAUUAGAGCAGCUUAUUACAACUUUAGUGAGCCAGAUUUCAAGUUAGUGCCCUUCCUGCAUGAAGCGCCUGGUCAGGUAGGACUGUUGGCAAUCCAGAUAAUAUGGACACGUGAUUCAGAGGAUGCCCUGCACCAUGCAAAAGAUAGUAAGAAAAUCAUGCAGACUACCAACCAGAAGUUCUUGGAGCUACUAAACAGCCUCAUCAAUCAAACAACACACGACCUAAGCAAGUUUGAGAGAGUUAAAUUUGAAACUCUUGUUACCAUACAUGUUCAUCAGAGGGAUAUCUUUGACGAUCUGGUAAAAUUGCACAUCAAAUCAACAUCUGACUUUGAAUGGCUGAAACAAAGCAGAUUUUAUUUCAAAGAGGAAAUUGAUUCUGUAUUAGUGGGCAUCACUGAUGUGGAUUUCAUCUACCAGAAUGAAUUCCUUGGCUGCACUGAUCGGCUUGUUAUCACACCUCUGACAGACAGGUGUUAUAUCACUCUGGCUCAAGCUUUGUGGAUGAAUAUGGGAGCUGCACCUGCAGGACCAGCUGGUACUGGCAAAACGGAGUCGGUGAAGGACAUGGGCAAAGCUCUUGGAAAAUAUGUUGUGGUGUUCAACUGUUCAGAUCAGAUGGAUUUCAGGGGUUUGGGGAGAAUCUACAAAGGUCUGGCACAGUCUGGAUCCUGGGGAUGCUUUGAUGAGUUCAAUCGCAUCGAUCUGCCUGUAUUAUCUGUAGCGGCACAGCAGAUCUACAUUGUUCUUCAAGCAAGGAAAGAACGGAAAAAACAAUUCAUCUUUACUGACGGUGACUGUGUAUCUCUAAACCCAGAAUUUGGUAUUUUUAUCACAAUGAAUCCUGGAUAUGCAGGGCGUCAAGAACUGCCAGAAAAUCUAAAGAUUCAAUUUAGAACCGUAGCCAUGAUGGUGCCAGACAGACAGAUCAUUAUGAGGGUGAAGCUUGCCAGUGUUGGAUUCCAGGAUAAUGUGUUGCUAGCUCAGAAAUUCUAUGUGCUUUACAAACUAUGUGAGGAACAACUCACCAAACAGGUUCACUAUGAUUUUGGCCUGAGAAACAUUCUGUCUGUACUGAGGACAUUAGGAGCUCAAAAAAGAGCACGGCCUGAAGACAGUGAGCCAACAAUUGUCAUGCGAGUUCUGAGGGACAUGAAUCUGUCCAAAUUGGUAGAUGAAGAUGAGCCCCUUUUCCUGAGUCUGAUUGGUGAUUUGUUCCCAGGGAUAACAUUGGAUAUUAGCACCUAUGUUCAACUGCAGGCAGCUGUAGCUAACCAGGUGGCACUUGCAGGUUUAGUUAAUCAUCCACCUUGGAACCUCAAACUAGUUCAGCUAUAUGAAACUGCAAGAGUUCGUCAUGGACUGAUGACACUGGGCCCCAGUGGAUCUGGAAAGACUUGUGUUAUUCGAACCCUAAUGAAGGCACUGACUGAAUGUGGAGCUCCUCAUCGUGAGAUGCGCAUGAACCCCAAAUCUAUCACUGCUCCACAGAUGUUUGGCCGACUGGAUCCUGCAACCAAUGACUGGACGGAUGGAAUCUUUUCAACACUUUGGAGGAAAUCUCUCAAGUCCAAAAAAGGGGAAAAUAUUUGGAUAAUUCUGGAUGGUCCAGUGGAUGCUAUCUGGAUAGAAAAUUUAAAUUCAGUUCUGGAUGACAAUAAGACAUUAACUUUGGCUAAUGGCGACCGUAUUCCUAUGGGCGCUUCAUGCAAAUUAUUGUUUGAGGUACACAACAUUGAAAAUGCAUCUCCAGCUACCGUUUCCAGAAUGGGUAUGGUCUACAUCAGUUCCUCUGCCCUCAAUUGGAAGCCAAUACUGAAGGCUUGGUUGAAUAAACGCGUUGCUCAAGAAGCAAACAUUUUAGAAGGGUUAUAUCACAGAGUGUUUGAAGAUGCGUAUACCUACAUAAAAUUGAAUCUCACCCCAGUAAUGGAGAUCCUGGAGUGUAACUAUAUUGCACAGUCUCUUCAACUGCUAGACGGUUUGAUUCCUUCAAAGGAGGAAGGAGGGAUUACCAGUGAAAAUCAGUUGGAGCGGCUUUUUAUAUUUGUGCUGAUGUGGAGUCUUGGUGCCCUGUUGGAGCUUGAAGACAGAGCUAAACUUGAGAAUUUUCUCCGGAACCACACCAGCCAUCUUGACCUACCUUUAAUUUCUGAAGGGAGCAACCAAACAAUCUUUGAGUUUCUUGUUAAUCCGCAAGGUGAAUGGGACCAUUGGAAUACAUUGGUGCUUGAGUACAUCUACCCUACAGAUAGUGUGCCAGAAUAUUCUUCCAUUUUAGUACCAAACGUUGACAAUGUAAGGACCAUCUUUCUACUGGAUACUAUAGCUAAACAAAAUAAGGCAGUGCUUCUAAUUGGAGAACAGGGAACAGCAAAAACAGUCAUGAUUAAAGGAUAUUUGAAGAAAUAUAAUCCUGAGUAUCAGCUGUCCAAAAGUUUGAACUUCUCUUCUGCCACAGAGCCUUUCAUGUUCCAGAGAACUAUUGAAAGCUACGUAGAGAAACGUAUGGGGAGUACGUAUGGACCUCCAAGUGGUCGGAAAAUGACUGUAUUUAUUGAUGACAUUAACAUGCCCAUUAUCAAUGAGUGGGGAGAUCAGAUUACCAAUGAAAUAGUGCGUCAAAUGAUAGAAAUGCGUGGAAUGUACAAUCUGGAUAAACCAGGAGACUUUACCACAAUUGUUGACGUGCAACUAAUGGCUGCAAUGAUCCAUCCAGGAGGAGGACGUAAUGAUAUUCCACAGCGACUAAAGAGGCAGUUCACAAUCUUCAACUGUACACUCCCAUCCAAUGCUUCCAUUGAUAAGAUCUUUGGAAUUAUUGGAAAUGGCUAUUUUCAUACAGCUAGAUAUUUUUCUCCUAACCUCUGCAACUUGAUUCCAAAACUUGUUGCUGCUAGCAGGAUCCUCUGGCAGUGGACAAAGAUUAAAAUGCUGCCGACUCCAUCUAAAUUUCACUACGUCUUCAAUCUGAGAGAUUUAUCACGAAUUUGGCAAGGAAUGUUGACAGUGAAAGCUGAAGAAUGCACACGUGUGGAGAUUCUAUUGGCAUUAUUCAAACAUGAAUCCAUCAGAGUCAUUGCAGACAGAUUUGUAAGCGAAGAUGAUAAACUGUGGUUUGAAGAUGCUUUCACUCGUGUUAUUCAGGAGCAUGUGGAUAAAUUACUUACAGAUAAGAUUACCAAGGAAACCUUCUUUGUGGAUUUCCUACGGGAAAUGCCAGAUCCAACUGGUGACGAACCCGAGGAUCAUGUAUUUGAGACACCAAAAAUAUAUGAGCCAAUACCAAACUUUGACUUCCUCACUGAGAAGUUGCAGUUUUAUCAGGGACAGCACAAUGAAGGUGUUAGAUCAGGUUACCUUGAUUUGGUUUUCUUCAAGGAUGCAAUGAUACAUCUGAUGAAAAUAUCUCGGAUAAUCCGUACAGCAGGUGGAUGUGCUUUGCUGGUUGGAGUUGGUGGUUCUGGAAAACAAAGCCUUACAAAACUGGCAUCUUUCAUUGCUGGAUACAAAAUAUUUCAAAUCACUUUAACUAGAGCAUAUAAUGUUGCUAAUCUGAUGGAUGAUCUGAAGAUACUGUACAGAACUGCUGGCGGAGAGAGGAAGGGAAUCACGUUCAUAUUCACAGAUAAUGAAAUUAAAGAUGAAUCUUUCCUUGAGUAUCUCAACAAUGUGCUGUCUUCUGGAGAGGUGUCUAAUUUAUUUGCACGAGAUGAACUUGAUGAGAUUACUCAAGAGUUAAUUCCAGUAAUGAAGAAGGACCAACCCCGCAACCCUCCAACUUUUGACAACCUGUAUGAUUACUUUAUAAGCCAAGCCAAAAAGAAUCUGCAUGUUGUCCUCUGCUUCUCUCCGGUUGGUGAGAAGUUUCGCUCGCGCUCGCUUAAGUUUCCUGGACUGAUUUCUGGCUGCACUAUGGACUGGUUUAGUCGCUGGCCUUUAGAGGCCCUGGUUGCUGUUUCUCACUAUUUCCUUAGUGAAUUCUAUAUUGCCUGCUCACCUGAGAUCAAAACACAUGUGGAGGAAACUAUGAGCAUCUUUAAUGACAUGGUAUUUCAAACGUGUGAGGACUAUUUCCAAAGGUAUCGGCGAAGAACUCACAUAACCCCAAAAUCAUUCUUGUCCUUCAUAAACAGUUAUAAAGCUGUUUAUUCAGAAAAGCAUAUGAACAUCAAUGAUCUGGCAGAGCACAUGCAAAUGGGUCUUGCCAAACUUAUGGAAGCUACUGUUUCAGUGGCAGCACUCGCAACAGAGCUGGCGGGGAAAGAAAAGGAAUUGGCUGUAGCAUCAAACAAUGCUGAUAAGGUGCUGGGAGAAGUGACGGUGAGUGCCCAGGCAGCAGAGAUGGUAAAAAAUGAAGUCCUGCUGGUGAAAGAAAAAGCCCAGAAGAUUGUGGAUGAAAUAGAAUCGGAAAAGAUUGUAGCAGAGGAGAAACUGUUAGCUGCCAAACCGGCAUUGGAAGCAGCCGAAGCUGCCCUGAAUACCAUCAAACCAGCUGACAUUGCCACUGUGCGUAAACUGGCCAAGCCACCUCACUUGAUCAUGAGGAUUCUCGACUGUGUCCUGAUUCUCUUUCAAAAGAAAAUGGAAACAAUCACCAUGGACCCUGAGAAACCCUGUGUUAAACCAUCUUGGGGUGAGUCUUUGAAGGUUUUGAGUGGCACUGGCUUUCUCCAGGCACUCCAGACAUUCCCGAAGGAUAAUAUCAAUGAAGAAAUGGUGGAGCUGCUCCAACCAUAUUUCAUAAUGGAAGAUUACACAUUCGAGAAUGCUAAAAAAGUCUGUGGGAAUGUAGCAGGCUUACUGGCGUGGACUCAGGCUAUGGCUGCCUUCUUUGGGAUUAACAAGGAAGUCCUGCCUCUAAAGGCUAAUUUGGCCAUACAAGAGAACCGCCUUGGAAGGGCAAUGGCAGAGCUGGAUGCUGCUCAGGCACAGCUGGAUGAAAAACAGGCAGAGUUGGAUAAAGUUCAGGCGAAGUUUGAUGCUGCCAUGAAGGAGAAAAUGGAUCUGUUACACGAUGCAGAAUCAUGUAGAGCAAAGAUGCAAGCAGCAUCAGCACUGAUAGAUGGUCUGAGUGGGGAGAAAAUCAGAUGGACAGAUCAGUGCAAGGAGUUUAAAGCACAGAUAAACAGACUGGUGGGUGAUGUGCUCCUGGCUACUGCAUUUCUAUCAUACAGUGGCCCUUUCAACCAAACAUUCAGAGAUAUCCUGAUGAAAUCAAUUUGGGAACCAGAGCUACAAAAAAGGAAGAUUCCCUACACAGAUAGCUUGAACCUCAUUUCCUUUUUGGUGGACCAGCCUACGAUCAGUGAGUGGAACCUGCAGGGUUUACCAGGAGAUGACCUAUCAGUCCAGAAUGGCAUCAUUGUUACCAAAGCAACUCGAUACCCGCUCCUCAUAGACCCUCAGACUCAGGGCAAAAUCUGGAUCAAGAAUAAGGAGCAGCAUAAUGAAUUACAGGUUACAACAUUGAAUCACAAGUAUUUCCGUAAUCACUUGGAGGAUGCUUUGUCACUCGGGCACCCACUGCUUCUGGAAGAUGUGCGGGAAGAGCUUGACCCCGCACUGGACAACGUGCUGGAGAAAAACUUCAUCAAACAGGGAUCCACCUAUAAGGUAAAAGUGGGAGAUAAAGAGGUUGAUGUAAUGGCUGGAUUCAUGUUCUACAUUACCACAAAAUUACCAAACCCUGCCUACACUCCAGAGAUUAGUGCCAAAACAUCAAUGAUCGACUUCACUGUGACUAUGAAGGGUCUGGAGAACCAGCUGCUGGGCAGAGUAAUCCUUACUGAGAAGCAGGAGCUAGAAGCAGAACGUGUGCAGCUCAUAGAGGAGGUCACUGCCAAUAAACGCAAAAUGAAGGACUUGGAGAAAAAUCUGCUCUAUAAGCUCAGCAGCACCAAAGGUUCCCUAGUGGAUGAUGAAUCUCUGAUUGGAGUUCUACAAGUAACAAAGUCUACAGCAACUGAAGUGAGUGAGAAGCUGCAUGUAGCAGCAGAGACGGAGAUGAAGAUUAACAUGGCGCAGGAGGAGUACCGUCCUGCUGCCACUCGUGGCAGUAUCCUGUAUUUCCUCAUCACAGAGAUGAGCAUGGUCAAUGUCAUGUACCAGACCUCCCUGGCACAGUUCUUGAAAAUCUUUGAUCUCUCCAUGGCCAGAUCGAAAAAGUCUCCUGUUCCAGUAAAGAGAAUCCGAAAUAUCAUUGAACACUUGACCUUCGAGGUGUUUGUAUACACAGUACGUGGUCUUUAUGAAAAUCACAAGUUCCUUUUCACUUUGCUGCUGCCACUGAAGAUUAACUUGGAGAGAGGCUACAUAAAGCACAGCGAGUUUCAGACCCUCAUUAAAGGUGGAGCAGCCCUUGACCUGAAAGCCUGUCCAACCAAACCUUUCCGUUGGGUUCUUGAUAUGACUUGGCUGAACCUGGUGGAACUAAGCAAACUUUCACAGUUUGCAGAGAUACUGACCCAGAUAGCUAAGAAUGAUAAAGUUUGGAAGGCCUGGUUUGAAUCAGAUGCUCCAGAAGAAACAGUGAUUCCAAAUGGAUACACUGAUGCUUUGGAUUCAUUCAGCAAGCUGUUACUUAUCAGAUCGUGGUGUCCUGAUCGAACACUUUCACAAGCUCGGAAUUACAUUGGUGAUGCAAUGGGCGUGAGGUACGCAGAACCAGUGAUUCUAAACCUGGAAGCAACCUGGCAAGAGAGUGACACUCGCACCCCUCUGAUCUGCUUCCUUUCCAUGGGGUCUGAUCCCAGCAAUCAGAUUGAAGCAUUGGCCAAGAAGCUCCUCAUUGAUUGCAGGGCCAUAUCAAUGGGCCAGGGGCAAGGAGUACACGCCAGAAAGCUGUUGAACUUGUUUAUGAACCAGGGUGGAUGGGUUUUAUUACAAAACUGCCACUUAGGUUUGGAUUUCCUGGAUGAACUUCUGGAUACUUUACUGACAAGUGAGAAUAUGAAUGAAAUGUUCCGAGUCUGGAUCACCACAGAGCCACACCCCAAAUUCCCAAUCACACUGCUACAGACAUCAAUCAAGUUCACCAACGAGCCCCCUCAGGGUGUGCGUGCAGGGCUGAAGAGAACAUUUGUCGGCCUUAAUCAGGACCUGAUCGAGUACAGUAACCUGCCCAUGUGGAAGCCACUACUAUAUGCAGUCGCUUUCCUCCACACCACUGUCCAGGAACGGCGCAAGUUUGGUCCUUUGGGUUGGAAUAUUCCAUACGAGUUUAACUCUUCCGAUUUUACUGCUAGCGUUCAGUUCAUACAGAACCAUUUGGAUGAGUGUGACAAAAAGAAGGGGGUGUCAUGGAGCACUGUGCGCUACAUGAUUGGAGAAGUUCAAUAUGGAGGACGUGUUACAGACGACUUUGACAAACGUCUUCUCAACUGCUUUGCCAAGGUGUGGUUCAGUGAAAGGAUGUUCGAGUCCACAUUCAGUUUUUACACUGGUUACAUCAUUCCAGUGUGUAGCAAUGUGGAGAGUUAUUUGGAAUAUAUUCAGACCCUGCCUGUUGUUGACACCCCUGAGGUGUUUGGCCUCCACCCUAAUGCUGACAUCACGUACCAGAGCAACACUGCAGCUGAAGUUCUCAACACAAUCACCAAUAUCCAACCAAAGGAGAGUGGAGGAGGAGGAGGAGAAACCCGAGAGACCACUGUCUACAGACUGGCAGAUGAUAUGCUGAGAAAGCUGCCCAAAAACUAUGUGGCACAUGAGGUAAAAAGUCAACUCAUGAAGAUGGGAAUCUUGAAUUCCAUGAAUAUUUUCCUACGACAGGAAAUUGACCGAAUGCAAAAGGUUAUUACACGAGUGAGGUCCAGUCUGAGUGACCUGAAGCUGGCGAUAGACGGCACCAUCAUAAUGAGUGAGAACUUAAGGGAUCUCCUAGACAAUAUGUAUGAUGCUCGUGUGGCGAACCUGUGGAAGAAGAUAUCCUGGGACUCCAGCACACUGGGAUUCUGGUUCACUGAGCUCCUGGAGAGAAACUCCCAGUUUUCUAGCUGGAUCUUUGACGGAAGACCAUACACAUUUUGGAUGACUGGAUUCUUUAAUCCUCAGGGGUUCCUGACAGCCAUGAGACAGGAAGUGACAAGAGCACACAAGGGCUGGGCUCUGGACACUGUCACUUUACACAACGAGGUACUGAAACUGAACAGAGAAGAGAUCAAAGCAGCACCUUCGGAGGGAGUCUACAUCUACGGCCUGUACCUGGAUGGAGGGGGCUGGGAUAGGAGAAACACCCGGCUUACUGAAUCCAUCAACAAAGUUCUCUUUACUCUACUGCCUGUCGUACACGUGUUUGCCAUCAACUCCACAGCACCCAAGGAUCCCAAACUGUAUAUCAGCCCAGUCUACAAGAAACCACAACGAACAGAUCUUACUUUCAUCACCACCCUCUGCCUGAAAACCAACCAGCCACCCGACCACUGGAUCCUGAGAGGGGUGGCACUGCUGUGUGACGUGAAAUAGACUGCAUUCAUUCAACACAGCCGGAAUACCCUCUGCUCUCUGUUUAAAACUAAUGUAGCCAAAACAAGUUUAGAAAAAUGUACUGAAAGUGUUACCCUAUUAUUCUAGUUCAUCAUUUUUAAAUUUAGAUACUAUGUAGGCAAUGUAAUGUGCCUGUUUGCCAAUAAAUUGACUGAACA